CCCCCUUGGCGCAUGUCAUUUAAGGACAAGAGAGAACGAGAGAGCUGUUUUGAGCCAACGCGCAUGCUACUUUUUAGUUGGGUGGGAAAUGCACUUGGCUUAGCCCCGAUUUUCCGGGCGGUGGGGGUAUAUCCGAUGUUUAGGGGUGGAUUUCAGGUAUUUCGGUUGCCCGCGGUUGCGCCGUUUGCCUGGCUCAUUUUUCACUUGCCUGCAGACGGAGGCAGCGGCUCCCGGAUUUCAAUUUUUGGGUCAUAUUGAUUUUCUCCUGCCUGUCCGGUUUCUAGACUCAGUCCAGCAUGAGCCUUAAGUCCAGUGCAAGGAUCAAGAAACGCCGUUCGGAUGCAGCGGCGGCCACAUACCCGGUACCUUCACCAGUUCAGACCGGGAAUGGCGGUUCGUCUUCUACACCAAACCCUGCAAAUACAACAAAUAAUUCAGGAAAUGGUAGCUCAAAUCCUUGCCAGAGUUCUGCCAAGAAGCACAGUUUUGUCGGACGUAAUCCCAACUUUGACACCGAUGAAACCAAACUGCUUAUCCAAUUGUGGGGCGAUCCUAAGCUGCAGAGAACCCUUAUCACAACCCAUAAGAAGCAUGCCGUGAUCUGUCAGCUGGCCGCCAAGAUGCAGGAGUACGGCUACCAUCGUUCGCCGGAGGAGAUUACCACGCGGAUUAAGAAUCUAAAGUGCUUUUAUAAUCGCUUAAAAAAGGAUAAGGAGUGCGGUGGUAUGUCCACUGAUUCGGAACCCAGUUGGAAGCAUUUCGCCGAGAUGGAUGCCAUCAUGACCAGACCCAUCUUCAGUGUGCGACCCAAUGAGGUACCGGCUCCUUCGCUUAAAUACCAGCUAGAGCAGGCUCUGGAGGAACAUGCCGAACGACGCAAACGCCGGCUCGAAAACGGAGAGGAGCUAUCCGAAAGCGACAACGAGGAGGAUGACAUGUUACUCUCCGCCUUGGUGAGCAAAAACAAAGAGUCUGGAAGCCGGAAAGAACUGGAAGCUGGUUGCCUGGAAUCUGACCUCGAUAUGAACGAGGAAUCCUUUUCAAAACGUCGAAAGCUUUCUGCGGAAGUUGAUGUGGAUAUAGGCGAGGCUCUGACUUCACCCUGCAUUAAAAGCGAGCCUACCCAGGAGGUGGAAUCUACAGUGGUCGUUCCUUCAGUGGAGCCUGAACAAGAAGAAGAUGAUGACUGCAUGCUCCUGCCUCAGCCAAAAGAAGAGCCAAUAGAUGUGGAUGCCGCGGAUGAUUCUCCAAAUGACAAGACCUCUAGUUCAAGUUCAGUAUCCACUCUGGCUGACAUUUUGCAGCGGAACAAACCCGCCAACAUUCUUCCCUUCACUGGGGCUAAUGUCAUUAUCCCAGCGAGCAUUACCACCACAACGGCUACCACGAGCUUAACUACUCAAAGUUCAACGUGUACGCCGGGCAAGUUGCAAGGUGGAAAAAUAUCUCUUGUACCCACAAAUUUCCUGAUGCAAUCCAAACUGCCAGCUGGCACGGGACCAAGUCCCAUGCCAACUGCUAAGGGAGCUGCUCCCCAGCUGCAGCUACUGCAGAGUGCCAUCAAUCAGGGAGCUCGCCUGAUGCUAAGCGGUUCGGCUGCAGCACCGGCACAGCCUAGCAACGCCGGUUUGGUGGCCACAGCACCCGGAGGGGUUAAGUUCGUGCUUGUCAAUGCAGAGCAAGCCAAGGCGGCGGCAGCUGCAGCUGCUGUAGGCAAAUCCGCCGCCUCCUUGCCCUUGGCCACAGCACAAGCUCAAGUUCAGGCUGCCGUUCAACAGCAGCAACACAAAAUGCAGCAAAGUCUUCAACAGGAACAUCAUCUGCAACACCAGCAGCACAUCCACCUGGAAAAAGAGGAAAGCCGCAGGGUCCAGGAGAAAGCUAGGGAGGAUCUGCAGUCAAAGCGACACAUGACAACUAUGAGAAUCCUUCUUCGCCAGCUUCUGAAUUCUCAAAACGAGGCCAACGAGAUUCAGCAUAAUCGGUUGUCCUUGGAACGCGAGCGUCUGGAUUGGGAGAAAUCCAUGGGCGAUCGCUUGCUGAACUUGUUGCCAACUCUUCUCCAACCGGCAGCUGCUGCCUCGCCAUGCUCCACUGCUCAGCGUCUUCAGCCCCCCAAACUGCUUUUCACCACUGCUCUGCCAAUGGGCAAUGGUACCGUUACCAUGCCGCACAUCCUAACGUCUAAUUCAUUACCCAAGGUCAUUACUACAACAAGCUGCAAUAGUGGCGUGGCUGUCGCCGGAUCAGCAGGAGGUUUGGUUGCUAGUGUGCCCACUAAACCGGUCGAUAAUGACGUGCAGUUGGUAACACCCAAGCAGGAAAAAGAGGCCUGAGCCGAAGUGGAACUGGUCAUUUUAAGUGAUUGAU